UGUAACUAAUGUUAAAACCUCAAUCUUGGCUACAUUACAUCAAUGCACGCCCAUUGAUGAAAACCCUUGACAUAGCAAAAGCCCAACUGAUCAAUACUCUUGGUGUUUUUACAUUAAGCCAAUGGCUAAUAAAGAAACUGGUAGUCAUGCGACUAAUACCAAAACUCCAAUAAAUAAAACUGUUCUUAGCCAUAUAUACCCUAUUUAAAAACAGCUGACAGAAAAUAAUCUUUUAGAAAAAUGUCUGAGGGAUCAAUCCAAAACGAAAAUGAAAGUUAACAUAAUCCUAUUUGGAAAAAAUGUGACACAUUUAGAUGUGUGUCUCGAAGAUUAGAAGAAACAUACCUUGCUAUUAUCCAAAUUUAAAUUGCUUAUCCGUUGCAAUAUGUGUACCAUAAUCAAAAUUGUGAUAUGAUCAAUUAUAUAAAUAUAACAUUAUAUUUACUGUAAAAUGCGUAAGCGAUUUCUUUUGGACUAAAUGACAAGAGGAUCCGGCACAGCUACAGCUCAAGACCAAACUGUCUCCGUUAGAGCUCCAGAGAUCAUGGUGUGCCGGGGAGUGUUACCGUCAUAUCAUUGACACACCUAUGUUCCUCAUCUCCCAGGGCGAGAAAGGCUAUGACAUCAAAUUCUUUGGGGUUGGUCUCAACGGUGCGGCUAAGAACGCCGGCUUCAUGAAGAGCUUCAACGAUGAGCCUAAGGUGGCAAUUGUCACUCCCGUCACCAGUUUCCCCAUCGACUUCUUCCCCGGUCUGCUGGAUGCUGAAUUCAGAGUCGAUGCCUACCAAGGAAAGCUACGCGACUUGAAGGUUCCUUCCAUGAUGUUCAUCUUCAAUGAAGCUCAAUUUAAGAAGUUCAACGAGAAGAAGGGCUACACCAAGGUCGCCGACUUCAGCAUCAACCAGGAUAACUUCUCUAUGAUCAAGGAAUACCCUCAAGUUUAACCAGAGACUACAUCCACUCCUAUCUCUGCUGUUUACAUCAAUAACCCCCAUAACCGCCUUGGUUACUGAGCUCUACUGUUGCUUAUGUUCUUAACAUUUUUCAACUUUCCAACAGAUCCUUAAGUCGUAGUCUGCUAACAGUGCAGCGCUCUUAUUCUUUAUCCUUAUAGUUAGUCCGUCGUCAGCAUCUUCGAAGUUCUCCAUCGAUUUCUACUACAAUUUGUUGUUAAUUCGAAGCCAAAAAAUAUUUAUUAAGCAGCUUGUACAGUAAAUGGAAUAAACGUCAUAUUGUGACAGAUA